AUGGAUACUCUCCGACGAAGGAACCCAUUUAAAUACUCAUCUGAACCCUCUGGAUCCCAUGACACAUACAUACUGGAUGAACAAGAACAAAGCGAACUUAUUGACAACAUCAAGAGCCUGAAUGCAACAUCGAAUAACCAGAACCGCAUUGCGUUACAGAUUACGCUCGCGCUGUCUUUUUUACUGCAUAUAAUCUACAUCUCCUCUGACUACAACAGUCCAUUAGUCGUUAUCUUUCCACCAGCCGGCAGACCGGAGUCACCACUCUAUCUAAGUCCUGUCUUGACACUCCUCGCGAUCAUCCUCCAUGCAAACGCUGCUCUGCUCGCUCGCUCCCGGAAUUUGGUUCUUGCUAAAUGGCGAAUAACGCCUCUUCCUUAUAGCGUCGCGUUUGGGCUAUCAGCAGUUUCUCCUGCAAUUUCAGCUCUGAGCGGGAAAAUGUGGCAGACCACAGCAUGGUGGUGUACCGCCGCUUUUUUGACCUGGAUCGUACGUGCAUCAAAUAACUGGAUUAUGCAGGAGCAACAAAGCAUGUCUGAGCUCGAAAGAAUGAAGUAUAUAUCUGCUGGGGCGUAG